AUGAAAGAUCAUCAUACAAUUUCAAAUUAUUCACAUAAAGAUAGCAAUAAAUUUUUGUUUGUAAUGAAACUCUCUGUAGUCAGGUUAAAUAUGCGUUGCAUGUUCAAUGGUGAUCGUUUUCUUUUCUUCCGUGUAAAUAAUGCUUCGAAUCAAAAGAAAACUCUUCUUGUCAACGAAUAUUUUGACAGGAUCAUAGUGGCAAAUACUCGUUUGAAAACUAUACUUUCAUAUAAACUAGACUCUCCAAAACGUCUCAGAUGUACAAGGAAUAAUUUACAUUUGAAUUUGUUCAGUGCAAUUUUACUACGAUGUGUUUUACAUUUCAUUAAGCAUGCAGCAGAUGGACAAGGG